UAAAGAUAAAUUUUGACAUUUUGUGUACUAAAAAAAAAAAAUCAAAACCAUUCCAACAUGGCACGAGUUUAGUACUCCGUGGAAGUCAAAAAGCAGGAAAUUACGGAACAAGAUCCACACCUGAUUAUAACUCAUUCUCUUCCCUCCAAAUCCUCAUAUGACCGUUGGAAAUUUAGAACUUCGAAAAAAAUGUCUUACAAAGCUGCUUUUUACUUGUCUUCCCUACUCAGAAACUGUGUUCCACUCUCUGCAAUUUACCAAGCUAAGCAAACCCAUGCACAAAUCCUUGUCCUUGGCUUCCUUUCCAACGUGACCCUUCAAACAGAUCUCUUACUGUUCUACUCUAAAUGUGGGGUUCUUCAAGAUGCCCGCCAAGUCUUCGACAAAAUGUCUGAAAGAAAUAUGUACUCAUGGAAUAUAAUGCUCGCUUCUUAUGCUCAGAAUUCUCUUUUUUUGGAUGCUAUGAAUGUUUUUUAUGAUUUUCUGAAAAUGGGUCUUCGGCCUGAUCAUUAUACAAUGCCUCCAGUGUUUAAGUCAUGUGUUGGAAUAGGAGAUACUUUUUUGGGUAAGAUGCUUCAUGGUUGGGUGGUUAGGCUUGGGUUUGAGGAAUAUGUUGUUGUGGGAAGUUCGGUUUUGGAUUUUUAUGUGAAAUUUGGUAAUUUAGUUGAUGCAAAGCGGGUAUUUUCUAAUAUGUUGUCUAGAGAUUCUGCGGUUUGGAAUUCAAUGAUUUCAGGAUUUGGGAGGGCUGGCUUUUAUGUUGAUGCUUUGAAUUGUUUCAGGAGCAUGCUUAGUGAAAGAGUGAACAUGGAUUCCAUGACGAUUCCUAGUAUUUUGAAUGCUUGCGGACGGGAAGGAGACUUGAUGAAAGGGAAGGAAAUUCAUGGGCAAGUAGUUAAGAGUCUCAUAUUCGAUGGAGAUGUCGCAAUUGGUAAUUCAUUGAUUGAUAUGUACGCAAAGUGUGGAUGCUUGGAUGACUCAGAAAAGGUCUUCAGGAACAUGUGUGAACUGAAUUUGGUAACUUGGACAACAUUGAUAUCUUGUUAUGGUGUUCAUGGGAAAGGCGAGGAUUCUUUGGCUUUGUUUAAGAAAAUGAAAGAUUGCAGGUUUAAACCAAACUGCGUUACACUAACAGCAGUUUUGGCUAGCUGCAGCCACUCUGGUCUCAUUGAUCAAGGCCGGAAGAUUUUUGAUUCUAUAAGUUUUGAAUAUGGAUUGAAACCCAGUGUAGAGCACUAUGCUUGUAUGGUGGAUCUUUUGGGUCGUUUUGGACAUCUAGAGGAAGCACUUGGAUUGGUGAAAAACAUGAAGUCAGUGGCAACAGCAAGUGUUUGGGGUGCCCUACUUGCUGGUUGUGUGAUGCACAAGAAUGUUGAAAUUGGAGAAGUUGCAGCUCUUCAGCUUUUUGAAUUGGAACCUAGAAACUCUAGUAACUAUAUAGCUUUGUGUGGUAUUUAUGAUUCUCUUAGCAUACGUGAUGGUGUUUCAAUAAUCAGAGCAAAGAUGAGGAAUUUGGGUUUGGUUAAAACUCCUGGUUAUAGCUGGAUGACCAUUGCAGGAAAAAUACAUAAGUUCUAUCAGGGAGACUGCUCUCAUCCUCAAACCAAGAUGAUACAUGAAAUGUUAGAUCAAAUAAUUAAGGCACCUACGUUGCCUGGUGAUUGUGGAAACUACCUUUGAGUAAAACCAUGGGUUGCUAAUUUAAUGUCCUUUGCAACAUGAAUAUGGCCACAUUUUUUAUAGUUCUUCCUUAUGAGGGUUGGUAAUUCAACCAUUUUUCUUUAGCACAUAUAGAAUAGCUGGAGGAUUCAUUUUUCUUCAUGCAAACGCAACUGUAUCGCACAUCAGCAUGAUCUGUGAAUAUAUGUACAGAGCUAUGGAACAUAUGCAAAGUGACAGAGUCAGAUGGAUCUUGGAUGCACUCAUUUAAGGGUGAGGUCCAACACGUGAGAUUUUAAAUGAGAAGUAAAGUGGAGGAGACAGAGAUCGAACUCAGAACCUCUUGCAUUGAUUCCAUGUUAAAUUAACAAAUAUGGUCUUCUGCCAAGUGUCAACCUUCUUACAUUCUGGCAAGCAGCUUGUGUUACUUUGUGCUUCUGAAGGCCUUUUGCUCAAGAUGAUUAUGACUGGACACAGAAGAGGAUGCUGCCGCUUGAAUAGCUUGAGGAUGAUUCUUUGCAGGUUUAAUAUGUGGACCUUCACUCACCUUCUCAUUUUUCUUGAUCUCUUCCUCAAUAUGCAAAUCCUCUUC